AUGAGGGAUAACCGCUGGAACACCACUGCCUUCCUACUCCUGCGCAUAUCACAGCUCCUACUAGGAGUGAUUGCGCUAGGAAUAUCCGCUUAUUUCGAAUCUAGAUACGAAAGCCAAAAGUAUCCCCCCCCUUCCACCCCCACACCAAGCCAGACAAUAUUUAACCGGAAAAAUAGCUUCAUAAUCCUCAUCCUCGCACUCGGCAUCCUCACCCUAGUCUGGGUGAUUGUAGCCCUAACUCUCUUCUUCACGAACAAACUCCACCCACUAGCCGCGAUAAUCGUGGAUGUAAUACUAGCAAUAUGUUAUAUCGCCUCGAUCGCCACGGUCGCGAGCACCUACCCCGGCGUCAUCGGUAAUUCCUGCAAGGCCUACGCCCCCUCGCGGGACGGAAUGGACGAUAUGGUGAUCAAGGAUUGCGCAAUGCUGAAUGGCGGAUUCGCAAUUCUAGUCACAAAGUUGCUGAUGUUGUUCGGGGCGAUCAUCUAGGAUAGCAAAGUUUUACGCCAGAAUCGCAAUGGGAAGCGUGGGGAUGCUCGUGCCGUUGUUCGGAAUGCUAUGCAUUGCGGUGGUGUUGGUGGCGGGCAGAUGGCUCUAAUAGGGGGAGCGUAUGAGUUGCUGGGACCUACAAUGGACCCGGAAAACGGCAGCCGCGGUUCAGGUGGAAACCAAGGAGCACAGACCUUUAUGUCACAGUAUCAUCCAAGGAAUUCCCCGAUUUAUCCGGCUCAGGUCGCAUCGCCAGCCACUCUGCAUAAUCCUUAUGUUCCACCGCCCUCCCUUCUGGCCAUGCCGCAACAGGCCCUCAUGAUGCAGCAUCCUCAACAUCAGAACCACCGGAACCACCACCGCCACCAGCUCCACCACCUCCACCACCUCCAGCAACAGCAGCAACGCCAACACCAACUACAGUCUCAGCACCAGCACCAGCAUCAACAGUAUCAGCAGAACCGAGAAUCGCCGCCGCAGGAGUUAGGUGGAACGUACUAG